CUGAUUUUUUUUUCAAAAUGGAGGGGUAAAAUUGAAUCCUGCGCAGAAAUAAAUAUAAAGUUUCAUAUAAAAGUCAAGAUUAUUUGUGUAUUUCGCGAGUUAUAAAAGCGCAUAAACAAUUAUUUAAAUAUUAAAUAUAUUUGUGAAAAAUUUGGCCUGAUAAAUCGACGCUAUUAAAAAAUAUAUAUAUACAUUUGUAUGUGAAAAAGAAGAAGAAGAAGAAGAAGAAGUAAAUGUGUCAUCAAUUGAUAUGAUUUGACAUUUGAGAAAAAUCACUAUAUUAUAUAUAUAUAUAUUAUUAGACAAUAAAAGUGAAAAUGAAUUUUCAAUUCAGCUUAUACACAAAUAAUGUUAUUUUAUUAUUCAAGUGAAAUUCAACGCUGAAUUUUCAUAGAAAAAGAAAAUUAAAUUCUAUAUAAAUUUCUUUCCAUUCAAAAUGCUUGUAUUUUUUCAAUGUUUUUAUAUAAAAAAAAUAGUUAUAUAAUUAAUUGGAUGUUAUGGAAAUGAAAACGUCAAAGUCCGCAGUGAUUGUUUUAAUGUUUAUAUUGAUGCUGUCAAUAUUUGUCGCUAAUGUUGUGAAUUUAAUAAAUGUUGAUUCCAAUAGUAAUGUAAACAGUGCAACUUAUAAAACUUCAGAUUCAAUUGAUCAACAUUUAUAUGAACCAAAAAAAUAUGAAAUUGGAUAUUCAUAUGAAAGUCUUAUGUGGUUUUUACAAAUCUCAGAUAUUCACAUAAGUAUAUUUCAUGAUCCUUCAAGAAUAACGGAACUUAAAGAGUUUUGCGAUGAAACAAUUGAUGCAAUCAAACCAAUAGUUGUUCUCGCUUCUGGCGAUUUGACUGAUGCUAAAACAAGCGAUAAAAUGGGAUCAAGACAAAUAUUGGAGGAAUGGCAGCAUUAUAAACGAGUUUUAGAAGAAAGUCACGUUGUUAACAGAACCGUUUGGUUAGAUGUCAGAGGCAAUCACGACAAUUUUAACGUUAUGAAUAUAAAAUCGAGGGAAAAUUAUUUUGCAAACUAUUCAAUUCAAGGGAAAAAAUAUCCACGUUCUUAUAUGCAUCAAGUUUCAGUGGGUGGUGAAGUUUAUUCUUUUAUUGCUAUCGAUGCAUGUUUACAACCAGGACCAAGAAGACCAUUUAAUUUUGUUGGCGCUUUAAAUGAAAAGGAAGUGGAAAAAAUUCAUCGCCUCGUUCAAAAUUCAAGAGCAAAUAAUGGAGAUUAUAUUAUUUGGUUUGGACAUUAUCCAACAUCGUGUAUUUUAGCUCAAUGCGAAGGUGGUGUUAGAAAUAUUUUAGGAAAAUAUAGAGAGGGUUUGGCAUAUCUUUGUGGCCAUUAUCAUACAUUUGGUGGAGCUGUACCUAACAUGUAUACUAUGCAACAAGCGGGCUUCCUUGAAUUAGAAUUGGCAGAUUGGAAAGAUAAUAGAAUGUAUCGACUUGGUGCAAUUGAUCAUGGUCAAUUCUCUUUUGUUGAUGCAAAUCAUCGUGAAUGGCCUGUAGCAUUAAUUACUAAUCCAAAACAUGCGCUAUUCACAAUGCCACAGAAAGAGAAUCUUCAAUCUAUUGUUCAAUCUACGCACAUUAGAGUAUUGACAUUUUCAUUGGCGCCUAUAACAAAAGUUGAAGUCAAAGUGAACAAUGAUUUGUGGCUUCAAUGUAAAAAUGUGAAGGGACCACUUUAUGUAGCGAAGUGGAAUACUUCAAAUUACUUAAUAGGCAUUCAUAAUAUUCAGGUUCGAGUUAAGGACAGUGAUGGCAGAGAAAGAACUGUAACACAAUCAUUUUCUUUAGAUGGCACCAGACUAUCAUUCAGCGUUCUUCCACGAUUAAUUCUCAUGUCCAAUGUCAGCCAUAUUUUCCAGUUCCUUUUUGGAAGUACUCUAUUAUUGUUAAUUAUUCCCUUAUGCGUAUUGCGUUUCAUGCAUAUGCUUUAUCAAGAAAAAUAUAGAGAACCACCGAGAUUACGCAUUCGAUUGUUUCAAAAACUAAUUAGAAAAUUAUGGAUAAUGUCUACCAUUGACAGGCUAUUUUUUCCAUUAGUUUUUUAUGAAGUCUAUUUAGCUAUCGGACCAUGGAUUAUUGGUGAAGUAAUUGAAGAUAAUGUAGGAGUAAUAUUUGCUUGGGGAACGUUUGUUGGUAAUAAUUAUUUGCCCGGAUCGUUUACUUAUGCUUAUGGAUUCUUUCAAUUGUUUUCAUUUCAUCUUCCACUUAAUCUUGUCUUGGCACAUCGUAUCGAUAAAAGAUUGCAAAAUAUAAGAAAGCCACCUGCGAAAAGAUUUUCUUUUAUUCAAUUAAUAUCGCAGCAUUUAUUAUUUGUGAUGUUAAUAUUAAUGCAAGCAGGUAUGGCUUAUUUCUUUUGGUUGGCAUAUGGAACAUUGGCAACGAUACUUUGUCCAUUAAGAACUUGGAGUUUAAUUUUUGCCUGUAUUUUAUGGCAUCAAGUUCACAAAAUGCCAAAAAGUUGCUUAAGAUCAGCAGCAAAAUUAUGGUACAAACAAGUGGUUCAUUUACUAUAAUGACAUUAAAGAAAUUAUAGAAUGAUGUAAGUUGCGGAAAUGCAGUUCCAAUAGUUUUUUUUUUUUUUUUUUUUUUGCAACUAAAAA